AUGUCAUUAUUCAAAUUCUUCUCGUGCUGCCUUCCCUCCCGACAAUCAAAAAGAAAUCAUGUUUUGGAUUCCCCUGUUGUGGUGUCGCCGCCAAAAAUUCAAGAUGUCUUCUUAUUGAACAUGCCGGAUCUGGUAAUGAGAGAAAUUUUGAAGAAUCUUGACUUUCUGACAAUAAAAAAGCUGCGAAAAACAAGCUAUUCGCUCCGGAAAUUUAUUGAUUAUGUGAAAAUAGAUAGCGGAUUGAAGGAUUUCAAAAUAGAAAUGACAGAGAACACAAUAUUUGGAUCAGCGACAGUACACAUGAAAGGAUGUCCAUCAACCGAAUAUAUCAGCACGGCUUACAUAGAAAAUGAAGAUGGGAAGUGUGAAGUGAAAACUGGCGGUUGUCGUUGUCUACGCAACAUAAUUAUCAACGGAUACUUUGUCGAUGUGUAUUUUGAAGAUUUUCUUACUCCGAUGCUGAAAAACCAAAAUUCAUUGUUGACAACGCUACGGUUGGGGCGACUUCCUAAGUUUGUUGAAGGCGAAAAAAUAUUGAUGAAAAUAAGCAAAAGUUUAUUCGAGAAAGUGUUUGAUUGUUUGAUAAAAGUUCUGGAGUCAAGGGAUCGCAUAUUGCAAAUUGAGGAUCUGGAAGUUUAUGUACUUGGACAAGACCAACUGAUGGUAUUGCUCCGCCAUAUCGAUCUGAAGUCUUUAAAACGUUUGGAAGUGUGUCGAUUGGUAGAAAAUGAUCCGGAGAAUAAUGCAGAAUUUAUGUUGGAUCUUAGUCUACUGGAAUGCGCUGAAAACCUGAUAGAGCUCCGUGUAAUCAAUUUCACCAUCUCCUCACCCCUCCGUUCUAUUGCUCAUGUGCCUAAGCUCAGUGUUGAUAUGCAUACAAUUCACUGUGACGAUGUGCUGAAAUACCAUGAGACACUCCUAACAACAAAAUUUCGAUCCAAAUCGAGUGUUUGGUACCAACAAUUUCCCGACAAACGUCGUUUCAAGAACACACGGGGACUAUCAGAACGUCGAUUUUAUUAUUGGGUUUCUGAAAGAAUUGAGUUGUGUCAUUAUCCUGAUUCAAAGCUCAUGUUUUGGAAAGCGAUUUACUAA